AUGGCUUCUGGAAACGCUAAGAUCGGUGAGGCCGCUCCUAACUUUGAGGCCACAUCACUGCACACAGACGGAUCCUUCAAAGACAUAAAGUUAUCGGAUUUCAAAGGAAAGUAUGUGGUGCUCUUUUUCUACCCCCUGGACUUCACCUUUGUUUGCCCCACUGAGAUUGUGGCCUUCAGCGAUCGAUCAGAAGAGUUCCGUAACAUCAACUGUGAAGUUAUUGGUGCCUCUGUAGACUCUCACUUCAGUCACCUUGCCUGGACCAACACUCCACGGAAACAGGGAGGCCUGGGUAAAAUGAAAAUCCCUCUUCUUGCUGACCUCACCAAAUCAAUCUCAAGAGACUAUGGGGUGCUCAAGGAGGAUGCUGGAAUUUCGUACAGAGGUCUGUUCAUCAUCGACGAUAAAGGCAUCCUGAGACAAAUUACCAUCAAUGACCUGCCUGUGGGCCGCUCUGUGGACGAGACCCUGCGUCUGGUCCAGGCUUUCCAGCACACCGACAAGUAUGGAGAAGUCUGCCCCGCUGGCUGGAAACCUGGCAGUGACACAAUCAUCCCAGACGUUGGGAAGAGCCAAGCUUACUUCUCCAAGCAGUAG